AUGGAUAUUGACAAGCUAUCGAGGGACCGAGCCUCAAAAGAUUCUAAGAUUCAAAGAUUGGAAAAGUUUCACCUCAACGUGGAUAGAGACCAGACGGUUUCAAGGAUGCCAAUAGUCAUAAAGCGUCAGCUCAACAUAGAUAGAGAUGAGAUAUUGGAGGGUCUCUCUGCUCUACUAGGACAAAGAGUCUCUCGUAGUAGAGGAGGCAAUGUUACUCCUUUACCUGUGACAGCGCUUACAACCACUGCAUUUGGAUAUCACCCCGGGUUAGCACUGACCUCACCAAUUACUCAUAGAAAAGACUUUGGAGUUUAUGAAGAGGAAUUCUUUGAUCCAAAAUAUGACUUCGACUUCCGAGACUUGAGUGAUUCAGAUUCUGAGUGUGAACGCGGUGGUGAGCCUUACAAGCGCCCCUUUGGAUGGAACCGCAUUGCCCUGAGGGUUUGGGGUAAAUAUUACUGGAAUGACUGGUUGGGAGGUGGAAAGAGAGAAUGGAGGAAUGAAUCAGUUGAUGGUGAGUGGCCCGUGGCUUACCAUGGAACUACCUUUGGAGGAGCGAAGGGCAUUAUCCAGGAGGGGUUCAAAGCAGGGCCUCGUGCUAAAUACGGAAGAGGGGUGUACUGCACACCUUACAUCAAUGUGGCAGAGAGAAAAGGAUAUACCAAGACAUUCACAUCAUUGAAGUCUGGAAAAACCUACAAGAUUGCACUGCAGAGCAGGAUCAACCCCGAAUACAGACAGAUCUGUGAUGAAGAGAAAAAGUACUGGCUAAUCCCUGUCCCCGAAGGAACGUCUGCUGAGGAAGAAAGGGACAUUGUAGACAACGCCCUUCGUCCCUAUGGAAUCUUGUUUAAAAAGAUUAAGGACUAA